AUGACCUCGAAUCAAUCCUUUGCCAGUCCGACAGAGUCCGAGUUCUCCGAUGCCGAAGGUCCCGAGUCUGCGAAGAACUGGGAUGAGGAAAGGGUGUGUGAUUGGCUAAGGAGUAUAAGUUGCGGAGAGUACGAGAAGCUAUUUAGGAAGAACAACAUUAAUGGAGAGAACCUGCUGGAGAUGGACAAGGCGGUCCUCCAAGAGAUGGGGAUAGACAAAAUCGGUGACCGUGUGCGGCUAUUUCUUGGGAUCAAGAAACUGAGGACAAAGGCCUACGCCAACCAGAAGAAGCGGAACAGGGAUUCUUUUGCUGGUCUGGACGCGUAUACUCCAUCGUCUUCUGGCUCACCACGACCGCCUAAUUCCGGCAGCCGGGCCAUGCCAACCCCUGCUUCCAAUAAGAGAUACUCAAGGCAGUUUGAUGGUUUCAACCCUGCUACCUCCAUUCCAGAGAACGUCAGCAAGCCCCCGUCGAGACCGAACUCACCCCUCGCAGGAUCCGAAGUCCGAGCUGUCAGACAACAAAGAUAUGGAGUGAUGAGCCCAGCCGAAAUGGCAAGACGAGAGAAUGCACAGGGAUACUUUAAUUCAAACAACCAGUCGAGUGGGACAACAAUAAGUGCCCGGAGACCUGGCACUCCAGGAGAUGGGCAACCCCAAACUGCUCGCUUGAUCAACCACCACACUCGUGGAAAUGGAAGCAUCGAUGGGUCAUUGAUGGCUCAACUACCAACCAACCAAGACAUCAUCAGGGUCAUCUCGUCGGGAGGCUUGACAAAGGUUGUCAGGAUAGCAGAUUGUACCUCUUGUGAUGAUGUUAUGCGGUUGACGUUACGAAAGUUUGGUUACCGUGAAGACCAUGACCGGAAUUACUGCUUUUGGGUGUUGAGCGGCCUGGAAGCGGAUCCGAGCCAAUGUCGACGUCUACCCGAGAACGAAUUGUGGCGAGUGAUCAAAGAUCAGAAGCGACCUGAGCGAAACAGAUUGAUCUUGAGGAAGAUUCAUCAGGGCGAACCAGGUGAGGCAGAGCUCCAACGGGCAGCCAGCAUCGCCAUGGAAGAAGCCACCACGAAUCACAUUAGAGUCAUAGAGAGUGUGGACAAACGAAGUCAACUCAAGGUCCAGAAGGUACUUGGGGAAAGCUGGAAUGAGGGUCUGCAACACCCACUUUCUCCGGCGUCAUUCCAGUCAGCCGGAUCAACUGUUUCAGCAGGAGAGCGUGAGCGCAAUGUCUACAAUGCAGCAAAGGAUCUGGAACGUCCACCUUCGGAACAUAGCAGAGAUACCGCAAGACAAAGGCCAGCAAAGAAGGGGGUACUCCGCCAAUUUUUCGGCCAACGACCUCCCAGCGAGUUGAUCACUUCGGACUUGACGACUUAUUUCCCUGAUCAUCCUCGUGAGGAGAUUGAUCGUACCGCCCGACUGUCAUUGAGAAGAUCGACCCGUCUCAGUAAGGUCAACAGCCGCCUGAGUGUCGCCAGCAAUCUGAGCUUUGCAUCGAGCGUUGAAAAUGCACCACCUAUGCCAACUAUUGCAGACACAUGGCUGAGCGGAAACAGCCAACUUGCCAAGGUUACUAGACCUUUGGAUCUGUCUAGAGGCAACAGCAGCCGUUAUAGAGAUUCCGUGGCGUCGUCUAUGCUUGAGCGAGUCCAAGAAGAAUCUCCGAUCGAGCCUAACAGGAAGUCAUACGUCUCUUUCGAUAGCGGUUCGGACACAACCAAUGUCAACGUCACUGAUCCUGACGGCAAUGUCAUUCAGCAAAGCUAUUUCGAAGACGGUAGCACGGAGAAUGGUGGUUCGCUGCGAGAAAUCAGUCAAGCACUCAACGAAGACGGAGAAGAUGACGACGAAGAGUUGCAGAGCUUCUUGGCUGGCGAUUCUUGGGAUGAUAGCAAGUGGAUGAAGGGUGCUCUUAUUGGCCAGGGUUCGUUCGGCAGCGUCUACCUCGCUCUGCACGCUGUCACUGGAGAAUUGUUGGCAGUGAAGCAAGUCGAGACUCCCUCGCCUGGAGCGAAUAGCCCGAAUGAUACCCGAAAGAAGAGUAUGAUCGAUGCCUUGAAGCGUGAGAUCAGUCUAUUGAGAGAUCUCCAACACCCAAACAUUGUUCAAUACCUCGGAGCAAGUUCAUCAGCUGAGCAUCUCAACAUCUUCCUCGAAUAUGUUCCUGGUGGUUCGGUUCAGACAAUGUUGAACUCCUAUGGAGCUCUUCGAGAACCGCUCAUUCGCAAUUUCGUCCGCCAGAUUGUUACCGGCCUUGCAUACCUUCACGGCAGAGAAAUCAUCCACCGAGAUAUUAAGGGUGCCAACAUUCUCGUCGACAACAAGGGUGGCAUCAAGAUUUCCGACUUCGGAAUCUCAAAGAAGAUUGAGGCUUCCAACAUCCUAAAUGGGGCUGGCAACAACAAAAAUCGGCCUUCUUUGCAAGGCUCUGUCUUCUGGAUGGCGCCUGAGGUUGUGAAGCAGACUUCAUACACCCGCAAAGCAGACAUUUGGUCUCUCGGAUGCCUUGUCGUUGAGAUGAUGACAGGCACACAUCCGUUCCCGGAUUGCUCUCAGCUGCAGGCCAUCUUCAAGAUCGGUGGUGCAAAGAUCAGCCCGACGAUUCCGCCCCAUGCCAGCGCGGAAGCCCAGACUUUCCUAAAUCAAGCCUUUGAAGUUGAGCACACCAAACGACCAAGUGCUGAAGAGUUACUCUUCAGUCCUUUCUUGAACCCCAUGACAUGA